AUGAAGGUGGUGGACAGAAAUAAACUGGACAAAUUAAUAAGAGGGGCUGGCUCUGUACAUGGUCGACUAAGAUCGUUUUACUUAAAACACACAAAUACUUCAGUAAACAUCAGUGAAGCUCGAGAUUUAUGCCUACAGAGUAACUACACUGACAUUGUGACAGUCUAUGAUAAACAAGACAAUGAUGAACUAGUUCAACUGAUGUUACGACAAAAUGUUACUAGAGCCUGGAUUGGUGCCUACACAGGUCCACAAUGGUCAGAUGGUGCUAAAGUCACAUUCAACAAGUUAAAAUGUUUUGAUUUUGAUUGGUGUGCUGCCAUGAGAGCUAAUGAAGACUGGGAAUGUAUUCUAUGUAGUAAUGGCAGAAACUUUACAUGUUAUGAUGCAGGUGAUGGUGAAUCGUCAUACAACUACACAUUAAUCCUUCAAAACAAAACCUGGACUGAGGCUCAGGAGUACUGUAGAGAGAAUCACACUGAUUUAGUCAGUAUCAGAAAUGAAGUUGAGAAUAAACUGGUGUAUAAUGCAGCAUUGAGUUAUGAUAGACCUUUGAACAAUCCUUUCUGGAUUGGCCUCAGCUAUAUUAAAUCAAAUCAGCUGUCAUGGUUUGAUGGAGGACAGUCUAAAUACAGUGACUUUACAAAUGAGCCGAACACAGUAUUUACUUAUCUUAAUGUUAAUGGAUCCUGGACCAAAAGUAACACAUCUGAAAAUGCAUCUGCUCUGUGCUACGAAAGCUUCAUUCAUGUGAGUAAAGAUAAAAUGUCCUGGGAGAAAGCUCUGGAUUACUGCAAUGAUUCUGGGUUACUGUGCAUCGAAUCAGAGAAGGAUCAGAUUGACACCGAUCGAGAAUUACAAAGACAGCAGAUUUCUGGUCCAGUGUGGAUCGGGCUCAGACAGAGUAGACUUUUUGGUUUCUGGAUUUGGGUCAACGGGCUUCAAGUGGGACCCUGGACCAACUGGAAAGAAGGACGUCAACCAGAACAUCAAAAGUCUAACUACUGUGGUGCCAUGGAGAAGGUGAACAGGACAUUUAAGUGGUCUGAUAAAGAUUGCAGAUCUAAAUUUAGAGUUUUAUCUUGUCGCACCCCCACCAGUGCCAUUACAGUCAGCUGCAGGGUCGUCAGCUGGAGGCCCCCAAUCACUGAUGUUUCGCCCCCUAUUCCAGUACAUCUCCUAGAGGGGGGGGGGCAGUGGCAUAUAGUGAACAUCUUCCCGCCAUCCCCUGCAGCAGCCUUUAAAGGGGUGUUGGCCCCCAACCAUUGUGCUUCCUCCGGAGCCACAGCCAGUAGCUUGCUUUCUCUGCCUUCUCUCCCAAACUCCUAUGCCCUGGAGCAGUAG